ACAAAAUAAGUAUAAUUAAUAUAUUUAUUAUUCCUCGUAAAACUAUAACUAUUAAGAAUUUUACAUUUUUUUAAAUAUUAUAAUUUUUACACUGUUAUAUCACGUAAUUUUCAAAAGAAAUCAACACAAAAACCAAGUUAAAGAAAAAUAUUUCAAUACGUAAGCAUUAUUAUUGUAUAUCCAGUAUCUAAGUCUAUAAGCUCAGCAAAAUUGUAUAUCAGUUUCAACCCAUGCGUUCAGUCAUAUGACAGCCACAUAACCGUUCGCUGUAGUAUUCGAAAUACAGUUGGAAGAUAGAUUAAAAAUAAUUUUUAAUUUGUAUCUUUUAAAAAAAUAUUGUAAAAAUGAAAUUGAGUAGCAAGAAGUUUGUCUCCACAAUCGUCAUAUUACUUUCACAAUCGACAAUCUGCUGGUUCACACAAAUAGUCAACAAUAUUCGCAUUGCCGAGGAAUUUCCAAAUCCGUUGGAAGAAUCGCUUCGAUAUCUGCGUGAAGAUGAUUAUAUGAUUUCUUUAAAUUUUUCCGAUGCAGUAAUCUCUAACAUCAACCAGAAUUUCAUCAGCAAUCCUUUAAUUACCUGCCUCAAUCUUACGGGCAAUUAUAUUGAGAAUAUUGAAAGAGGUGCUUUCAACAAACUUCCAAAUUUAACUCGGUUGUUUCUUUCUAACAACAGAUUCCAAAAUUUGAACAACCUUUUUAAUCUUGGAAGUCACAAUAAGUUAAAAGCUCUCGUUAUAAACAAUGCAGUCACAUCUAACUGGAAUCAUGAAACAAUUGAGAUUUAUGACGAAUAUCCCAAUUUAGAAAUUCUAUCUCUCCGCAAAAAUAAUUUGUAUGGAAAUAUGCAGUUUUCUUCUGUUUCUGAUUCCUUUUAUUCUUAUGGAUCAUUAAUUAAACAAAGGACUCUAUUUCCUAAGUUAAAGAUUUUAGAUCUUUCCGAAAAUAAUAUAAAAGUAAUUAAUUUUUUAGAAUUACUACCAAAUAGCCUACAUUUCCUUGAUCUUCACGAUAAUUCGCUUCAUUCCUUGAAUUUGGAAAAUAAAAUAACAAAAUUAUUUGCAUUAAAUUUGGACAAAAAUAAUUUUAGACACAUUAGUAAUUAUUACAAUCAAUUAUCACAACUGUACGAUAUGUAUAGUUCUAGUGAAUCUAGUCUGUCGAUGGCUGGUUUAAAAAAUCUACAAUACCUUUCUAUUUCUGCAAAUGAUAUUACAGAUAUCGAAUUAAAUGCUUUUGAAAACAACAACAAUUUGCUCUACUUAAACUUAUCCGCAAAUAAUAUAAAAUAUUUACAUGCAGAGACAUUUGCAAAUUUGCAACAUUUAAAAACUCUAGAUCUGAGUAGUAAUAAAUUUGAAAAUGUUCCGCAAUUCAUAAAUAACAUAGAAAUCAGUACUUUGUAUAUUAAUUACAACAACAUAACAAAACUAUUCUCAUAUACUUUCUUAAACAUGCCAAAAUUAACGAAAUUAUUAUUGAGAGGAAAUAACAUUGAUGAAAUCAAUGUUAAUGCGUUCGCUUAUCUUUCUUUUCUAGAAGAAUUAGAUCUAUCGAAGAACGCGUUAAAUUUUCUACCUCAAAGAUGGGCGGAUACCUUAGUGUCUCUAAAAUAUUUAGACUUGAGUAAUAAUAAAUUCACUUCACUAGAAUCUUUAUCGUUGACUAAUGCAUUAUCAUUAAUAGAAAUAUAUUUUAUGAUGAAUCCACUAGAACAAUUAAAUAUUACAUAUUUGAAAAGUUUACCACAGAAUUUCACUGUCAACUUAAACCAAUCAAUGUUUCAAUGGUACGAUCCUAAAAAAAAUUAAAAUAAA